AAUGACGCCACGAUAUCCCUCCGCGGCGAACUAACCGUGUUCCUCCGCUCGCCCUCUUUGUACGCAGUGCGCUUGUUGGCGGGUGUGAGGCGGCGGAGGGAUCCCGGGGAGUGACCGGGCCUACGACCGAGGAGGGGAAUCCCGGGCGAGGAAGAGGUCUUAUAGAGAAGAACCUGACGUCUUAUUGGAGCGCGGUGACUGGAGGCAAACCAGAAUUCUACCUGAGGCAGACUGUACUAGCUGAGCCAAUAUGGCCUGCACAGAGGUUGGAGCGCACUUCACCGGGUCAUAGGUCACAGCAGGUCUCAGGACAUGUCAGCUGUUUAUAUUAUUGACACAGACGCUCGAAGCUCCAUGUCCGUCAGAUCAUCCCUGUAUAGAUCCCCAUCUGGUGGUAUAUACGGCCUCUAGUUACUUGUUAACAGCAGCGCUGCACCCUAUCUGACGUGAGCCAUGGACACCGAUCUGUUUAUGGAGUGUGAGGAGGAGGAGCUGGAGCCAUGGCAGAAGAUCAGUGAUGUGAUCGAGGACUCUGUGGUGGAAGACUACAGCUACCUGGAUAAGACAAACACAGUUUCUAUCAGCCUGCAGCCGGUCACAGCUUCUCUGCCUGUAAUGCAGCAGACCCUGAGCAGUCACUACACGACCGCUACCACCAUGACCAACACCAUCACCCAGAAUACAGACAACACAAAGAAAACCGUGGUCACACUGUUCGCAAAUAACAGCGGCACAACUCCUAUAGUCCAGCAGGGCCAUCAGCCGCUUAUACUGACCCAGAACACAGCUCAAGGCCUGGGCACCAUGCCUGUUCUUCGUCCCAUGCAAGUGAUGCAGAAUGCCAACCAUGCCACCAACAACUCCAUGGCAGCACAGCCUAUCUUCAUAACAGCGCAGGGCUUCCCUGUCCGAAAUGUUAGGCCGGUCCAAAACACAGUGAACACAAUGAACACCAUGAACCAGGUGGGCAUCGUGCUGAAUGUCCAGCAGGGCCAAACUGUUCGGCCAAUCACCAUCGUACCGGCAGCUGGCACACAGUUCAUGAAGCCUGCGGUUGGCGUUCCCCAGGUGUUUUCUCAGGUGACUCAGGUCCGGCCGGCAACCACUGUCCCUGUGCGUCCUGCCACAAGCACCUUCACCACAGUCAUCCCUGCCACCCUGACCAUACGCAGCACGGUGCCACAGUCUCAGAACCAGGUCAAUAAAGCAGUGUCCAGCACAUUAACCACGUCUGCACCCAGUCAGCAGCCACUCCGACAGAUCACUGUGCAGCAGCCCACCCAGGCGCUGGCCAUCUCUCAGAGCCAGAAUACACCCAUCACCAACCCCAAGCUGGUGAGUAUUUCGAGCUUGGUGACAGUGAAAAGACCAGGCGAGACCACCGAUGUGGUGAAAUUUGUGAACGCGGUCAGUGGUUGUCAGACCACCACCCAGAACUCUACACAGCUAAUCCUCUCCAGCACCAUCGGCAACAAUGGCACAAGCCCGAACGUAGGCACCAUACAGCGGAGCGUUCCGCUAGAGUCCCUAGGGCUGAAAGCAGCUGCACCCUCUGGAGCCCAGAUGGAGAACCCCGACCCCUCCAGGAAGUAUUGCCCCAGGUGCCAGACGCCUUUCCGGGUCUUGGAAGCUCUUCGAGGUCAUAUGUGUUACUGCUGUCCUGACCUAGUGGACUUCUCCAAGAAAGGGAAAUCUGAUUCGGAGCCAACGCCCCAGACCACCCCCGAUAAAACUCCCAGUACUCCGAGCGGCCCGGUGCCCCCAGCUGCCAAGACCCAGGAGAACCCCGCGGACGACGCCUCGCAGGGCAAGCUCAUCAUGCUGGUAGAUGACUUCUAUUAUGGCCGGGAUAUUGGCCAAACGUACCAGAUGCAAGGGCUACCUAAAGUGGCCACCACCUUCCGCUGCGCACAUUGCUCCAAGCGGCUGAAGAAUAACAUCAGGUUCAUGAAUCACAUGAGGCACCAUGUGGAGCUGGACCAACAGAAUGGCGAGGUGGACGGGCACACCACGUGCCAACACUGCUACCGACAGUUCUCAACCCCGUUCCAGCUACAGUGUCACCUGGAGAACGUGCACAGCUCCUACGAGUCCACUACUAAAUGUAAGAUUUGUGAAUGGGCAUUUGACAGCGAGCCGCUUUUCCUGCAACAUAUGAAAGACACCCACAAACCUGGAGAGAUGCCGUACAUGUGCCAGGUUUGUUCUUACCGCUCGUCCAUCUAUGCGGAGGUGGAUACACAUUUCAGGCUGAAUCAUGAAGACACGCGGCACCUCCUGUGCGUUUAUUGUCUGAAGGUCUUCAAGAACGGGAACGCCUUCCAGCAGCACUUCAUGCGGCACCAGAAGAGCGUCUACCAUUGCAAUAAAUGCCGCCUGCAGUUCCUCUUCGCAAAAGACAAGAUCGAACACAAAUUACAGCACCACAAAACCUUCCGCAAACCUCGCCAGCUGGAGGGUCUGAAGCCGGGCACCAAGGUCACCAUCCGAGCCUCUCGAGCACCGCCACGGGCACUGCCUUUGUCCUCGGAUGCCCCUUUAAUGCCUCUGCCAGACAUGAUUCCCAAACCGCUUGUUCAAUCUAUAGAUUCCAUAGAAACUGCAGACAACUCAAAACGGGUCCUUGUAGGAAAGCAGUCGUGUCUGGAGUGCAGCUUCGACAUCCCUGACUUCCACAAUCACUUCCCCACAUACGUGCACUGUUCUCUCUGCCGAUACAGUACCUGCUGCUCCCGCGCCUACGCUAAUCACAUGAUCAACAACCACGUCCCACGGAAGAGUCCGAAGUACCAGUCGCUGUUUAAGAACUGUCUGCCCAGUGAAGAUAUGGUGCUAACAUGUUCCUCCUGCCCUUUCGUGACACGGAUCGGGGACGCAAUGACUAAACAUCUGGUAUUCAACUCAACACACUGCUAUGCGUCAAUCAUGGGCACAAAUUCUACCUCACCCAACCUGUCAUGGGUCUUGGGACCUCAAGAGGAACUGAACAAUAGGACCAGUCCGCAGGUUAUAGAGGAGGAGGUGAAGAACAACGACAAAUGGAAAGAAUUGUCUGCGUCCGACAGCUACAGCCCCGAGCAAAAGGAGCAGAGUAUUGAUGUGGACGAUGUGGAGGCCGGAGAAGGUGAGGAGGACGGGGAGGACAAGGAGCAGCAGCUCUGUGUCAAGAAGCUUCGCGUUGUGCUGUUUGCUCUGUGCUGCAGCGUACAACAGGCCGCCGAACACUUCCACAACUCCCCAAGACACAUCAGGCAAUGGCUGCAGAGGUUUCAGGCCGAAAACCAAGACAACCUGUCCGAGGGCAAAUAUCUCGACUCCGAAGCCGAGGAGAAACUCGCCGAGUGGGUUUUAAUCCAGAGAGAGCAGCAGCUGCCGGUCAACGAGGAGACGCUCUUCCAGAAGGCCACAAAGAUCGGGCGCUCCCUAGAAGGAGGCUUCAAGAUCUCCUACGAGUGGGCGGUGAGGUUCCUGCUGCGGCACAACCUGAGCACACACGAUAAGGUCGCCGUGGCCAGCCGGUUGCCUGAGGACAUGGAGGAAAACGCCCAAAUGUUUAUUAGUUUUGUACAGAAGCAGAUCCACAGCCGGGACCUCCCGUUGUCCAUGAUCGCUGCAGUCGAUGAGAUUUCACUCUUUCUCGAUCUGGAACUCCUGAGUAGCGACGAGCGGAAAGAGAGCGCACUGCAAACUGUGGGAACGGGGGAGCCGUGGUGCGACAUUGUGCUAACUAUCUUGGCGGACGGAAGCCUGUUACCCACACUGGUGUGUUGUCGGGGCAGCUCCAAAAGAGUGGAUCGCGUGCCAGACUCCAUCAGGCUAGAGACCAGAGAAGACGGUUUUACUAACGAUGAGGUCAUGGAACUGUGGUCGUCCACGGUUUGGCAGAAACAUGUGGACGGUCCCAAUAACAAAGGCAUGGCAGUGUUGGACUGUCACCGAUCACACAUGUCAGAGGAGGUCCUGGCUAUCCUCAGCUCCACCUGCACCCUGCCCGCCGUGGUUCCUGCCGGCUGCAGCAAUAAGAUACAACCCCUGAACGUCUGUAUUAGGAGAGCGGUCACUGGCUUUCUACACAAGAAAUGGAGUGACCAGGCCCGAGACAUGGAGGAGGAACACUCUGACCUACUACUCAAGCUUGUGGUGCGCUGGCUAAGUGAGGUCCUAGACGUAAUCGGUGAACACCCAGAACUGGUGCAGCAGUCCUUCCUGGUGGCCAGCGUCCUGCCGGGACCGGAUGGAACAGCCAAUACAAGCAAACGUAACGCAGAGAUGCAAGAGGAGCUCAUCGACCUGCUGGAAGGACAACUGAAGCUAGACGAGGACCAGGACGAGGAGUACCCCGACCUCGAGGUCCUACAGCAGCUCUUCGAGGCGGACAGUGACCCAGAAUCCUUCUACGGCUUUGAUGAGUCUGAGCUAUAAACCAUGUGACUGACGCUAAACCCCUCCCCCUCGGUCCACCAUUUGUUCAGGACUUCUUUAUCAUCAUGUUCCUGAGGGGGAGGACUUGAGCCCCUGGUCUACCCCUUUCCAGUGAUGCUACCUCUCCUGUAGAUGAUGACCCCCAGGAUGUGUAGUGGCCGACCAGGUGCCCCCUCCCUGUAGUUUUCUUUUGGCAUUAAGACUGUGUCAGAUCCUCAGCCAUGAAUUAUGUAUAGCAGAUCCUGAGCGCAGGUCACCCCCCCCCCCCCCGGACUCGCGUCUCCUUCACUACAACCUCAUGAGCAGCGCUCCCUCGUGUGUUUAGUAACGUUUUUAUUUCCUUUAGUUUUCUUUUAACCCUUCAUUCUCCCCAGAGACGGUUUGUUCACGUCAGUAGGACAUACAUGUACAUUACUAAAUCUUAUAGCUGUAAAUACUGAGAAGCAGAAUAAAGGCAGACGAGGCGAUUCUGUGGUUUUAUUAGGUGAAGAUGUGAAUUUUUUUAUAUAAUAUAAAUAUAUAUAUAAAGUGUUCUGUUUAUUACACCUGCUGUGUCCACUUCUUACAAGUCUGGUACUGACCUAAAUAAACCAUUUUAUGUGA